UCAGGAGUUCAGUGAGCCAUGUCGAUGGCUUUUAUAACGCAUCGUUCACCUCUAGUAUCCAUCCAGCAAGAAUAUCCCCCGAUAGUUCAUCUUUCUCUUAUUUUCAAAUGAAAUAGAUACAACAAGAAGGAACAAAAGCCACACAUUCAUAUAUUAGUCACCAAGUGACUCUGCGUCUCAGUGUUGGUCGAUUCCUCGUCGUUGACAGUAGUGGUUAUCCCUCUCUCUGGAGUAAUGAAAUAAAUUGAAGUGAUACUGUACUACUGGCUAAACACGCGGUUAUUUUCACACCAGGAAAUAUCGAAAAAUAAUUAAUUAUCCAAUCAUGAGAAUAAAAUGAUACGUGUCCCGGUGAUAUUUUGUUAAUCACAUUUGUGCUGGCAAUGCUGACAUGACUGUCGUCUGCAGUCGAGUGAAGUUUUUCGUUUCGUAGGAAAAACAAAAAAAAAAUCCUAGGAUUUUAUCGAGAGUAUUGACAGAAUUACUGAAUCGUCAACGAGAAAGGCUUCCAUUGGAUGUUUUUUUUUACACUCGUGGAAUUUCUUGUCGCUUACUUCAACCGAGGAAAACCCAAGAUCUCCUGUUCGUCAAGGUGAUUCACAGGAGGGUAAACAUUUUUCCCACGAUGAUUCACUUACUUCUGGGAAUGUACUCAAUAAACGAUUUUCAAAUUCCAUUAUAUAUUUUUGUCGGUACAUUAACCUAGUCAAUAGCCCUCUCCGGGUCAAUGCAACGGUUUCGAUGAGGCAAUGUCAACUCUGUGGCUACAAAUAACUCGGAUUUUAUUCGUCGACUGGUCCUCUUAAUUUUGGUGAACGUCUCCCUGACAACAGAUACCCAGAUAAGACACGUGUAAACGAACUUCACGUCUUGAGAGUUGUGUAUUUGAUAAAUGCUUUGAUUUUAUUUUUUUUAGAGGUGAUUAUUGAUGGAGAAUCUCUUGGUGCUUGUGGUCGUUGUAAUUGUGCUAAACAGAAUGAGCGAUAAGAAAUGCUCAGUGGAGCAGGCCAAAUGUGUUGCAAAUAAUCUUUGGUCCUUUGGGCAGUUGUUGAUAAGUGCGAUAGAUUCGAGUGGAUCUUCAAACAAUGGAGUUGGGGCUGAUUAAAAUCAAACUUGAUUUUAAUUGAUCUCGUUAGAUAGCGAUUGAUAAGGAAAAAUUUUUUAUUGAUUGGAGCCAACUGUAUACUGAUAGAAAAAAACACUUUUUAUGAUUGUGAUGGCUUGAAAUAUUUAUUAUCUAUUUGAGAAAAUAUUAAGUGGAUCAAAUCUAAGGCUAAAUUCUGAUGAUUCAUUUUUUAGAUUCAUUUAUUUGGGUGAAAUUAAAUAGUUCUUCGAGUCAUCACGUGCAGCACAAUACAAUUGGAAUAAUUACAUUUUUUUGUAAAUUAUUGAGAUCAUAACACCAUUUUUUCAUAACACCAUUUUCAACAGUCAAAACUGAUUUAUUUCAUUUUACCGCAUAAAAUACAUUUAUACUAAAAAAAUACAUUAAGGAUAAGGAACCCUGAGAUGACCAGGGUGUUCUGUUUUAUAACUCGAUAGUAAAUAGUAGUGUUUCACUAGAAUUUUCUAGACAUAAACCAUUUUUUUCUGUCAGUACAGCUCAUGAAAAGCCCGAAAUCGCCAGGAGUCGGAAUUAGAAAUUACGAAUUUGUAGGAAAUAUUGGAGAAACGAGUUUUGUAUCGGGGCAAUAAAAAAGUCGUAAAAAUAUCGAGGUUUUACGUACGCACAGAGUUAUCAAACGGAUUUGAUUUCGGUAUCUUGGAGCAGAUAGAAAAGUAGUUGAAAAAUCAUGUGUUAUGUCUGAAUAUUGUUAAAUGAUUCCCUCUUUAAAGAGUCAUAAAAGUGGAGAUAACAUUGUCCUGAUGUCGCCAAACCUAGUGGUUAUUGAAUUUUAAUAGAGAUAUAAGAAAUUUCACAGGGGGUUUUUUUUUUAGGUAAAUCUAGUCAUCCGUUCCCUCGGAUUAUGAGAUACUUAUCGGAAAAAAACUUGAGAGAUAAGUUGACUUAUCUGGUUUUAACACUUUGCCCUAGAAUUAGAGAUGGCAUUCAUGAAAUAUUUGAGACGGUCUGGUAUUGUCAAGAUGAAUGUGAAAAUUAAAUGAAAGAAAACAUUCAAAGAUAUCAAUAAUAAUCGAUAAUUCGCAAGUGAACAAAUUGAUUAUCAAAACAUGACAAUAUUUUUGUUUGUCAUUCUGGCAUGUUAAUGAAUAAAAGAAAAUUGCAGAGGAGAUAAAAUCGUCAUCGAAAGUGAGAUAAUUUUUUUUUAUUCUGUUCAUUUAUGCAGUGACGAGGUGGCCAGACAGUUUAAGCCAACGUAUAGCCUUUGGAUUGAAAAAUGGGACGUUACACAGGGAAAAAAUGUCGUCUAUUAACAAUGCUGUGGCUCACAGCAUUUUUCUUCUUAGUAGAAGUUAUCGUCGGUUACCUAACAAAUUCAAUGGCACUUGUUGCUGAUAGUUUUCACAUGUUAUCCGAUGUAGCGGCACUGGUAGUUGCAUUUCUAUCUGUCAAGAUGUCGCCGAAGAAAUGGUCGAAGAAUACGUUCGGCUGGGCCAGAGCUGAAGUGCUAGGGGCACUGGUGAAUGCAGUAUUUCUGGUUGCUUUAUGCUUCAGUAUCACCGUCGAAGCUUGCAAAAGAUUCAUCGAACCAGAGGACAUCCACAGGCCUGAGCUGCUGAUUGGCGUUGGCACUCUUGGGCUUUUUGUCAAUCUCAUUGGGUUGUGUUUGUUUCACGGGCACCACCGCAGAGAUAGUAUACCGAAUCACGCGGAAACUGAGUUUCCUUCAACUUCCUCUCCCAUUUCUUUUCACUGCAAUUUACCUUCAACUUCCUAUGUAGAACAUGGAAGUUCCCAUGGCCAUUCACACAGCAGCUCACGUAGCCACAACAGACUCAGCACGCUGGUAUGCGAUGACAAUGAAAAUGACGAAGCAUAUCGACCAUCAUCACCACCACCACCACCACCACCGCCUAUCAAAAAAUCCCAUGGACACAGCCAUGAUCCGAGUCAGAUGAAUAUGCGGGGUGUAUUUUUACAUGUUCUCUCUGAUGCUCUUGGCUCCGUUAUUGUUAUUAUUUCAGCUGCGAUUGUACAGUUUACCACAUGGGAAGGAAGCCGACAUAUCGAUCCAGCAUUGUCUCUUAUUCUCGUCCUUCUUAUUCUACGCUCCGUCUGGCCACUGCUGCAGGAAUCGGCUUUGAUCUUACUCCAGACAGUGCCAACUCAUAUUCAAGUGGAUGCAAUUCAACAACGUCUGCUUGAAAAUAUCGAUGGAGUUCUGGCAGUUCAUGAAUUUCACGUAUGGCAACUUGCUGGCGAUCGUAUCAUCGCAUCAGCUCACAUCCGCUGCCGCAAUCUCUCCGAAUACAUGAAAAUAGCCGAACAAGUGAAAGAGUUCUUCCAUAACGAGGGAAUUCACUCCACAACUAUUCAACCUGAAUUUAUUGAGUACAACACUGACAGUAAAAUCAAGGAGACACCAACUGAGGAUUGUGUGCUUGAUUGUCCAAAAACGGAUAAACCGUGUAAUCAGGCAACUUGUUGUGGUCCUUCUAAACAGGGACGUGAAACUCCAUCACCUGGUGAGACUCCCUACAUGUGCCGCCAGCGUAACAGCCUGGCACGUUCAACAAUAUCAAUUGGUGCUGGUGAUCAGCACGAAGUUAACGAAAUGGAACGUGGUCACUUACUAUCACCACCUUCGUCCCACCACUCCGUCCAACUGACUCAUCAAAACAGCCCGAAGGUCUAACAUCGCUCAUCAAUAUAAAAUUAAAUACACAAAGCAAAUAAAACGAUUCACAAAAAACGAUCGACAGAAAAUUUAAGCAAAUGAAUAAAUGAGUGGAUGUCGAGUGAUUCCGUGUGUGAUGGCGUGUUGAAUGAGGAAGAAUGUUAAUAAAAAAAAUGCCUACUUCCGUUUCAGGCGAGUGCAAAAGACAAAUCAAAUUGGUGAUAAUUGUACAAAAUCCAAUAAAUUUAUAUUUCUUUUUUGCACUCACCUCCAUUGCUCCGAGGGAGUCAUUAUUUUCACUUCUGACUCAUUGUGAUUUCGAAAGAUGUUAAGUAGAUUUGAUUACAUUUUUCACACUCAUUGCUGCAAUGAAAUAAUAGAAAUUAGAUCGCUUGAAAUAUCAUAUCCACUAUUUUGUGAAUAUUUUUGCAGACUAUAGUGGAGCUGUGGCUGUUGAGCGCAUCUAUUUUUACUAAUUCAUUACUGAUUUGUAUUCUCACACUGCUGGGUGACGUAUUAGUUAGACUAUUGUACAGAAAAAUUGUUUAUUUCUAGAUUAUCAAAUGGUCUUCAAGUACGCGAGUACACGCUCUUAGUUUCAUUAAUACUUUGACAGAAGUUUUUCUUCACAUAAAAGAAACUUGUCUGUACGUUGACUGCCAAAGGCGUUUAAUUACCAAAUUUUACGAGAUCGGAUAUUGAUUUUUUUUACCAUUAACAUUUUGUGGAUUAAAGCCGUUGCUCUACGGAGUUUAUCGUCACAAGUUUGUGAUAUGAUAUUACAUUUCGAUUUAUAUGAUAGAGUUAUGGUAUUUUUACUUUUACAAAUUUAUUGUAGUCUGUAAUUUCUCGAACAAAUCUAUGAUUUUUCAUUAUAUAAAAAGUGAUGAAUAGUUGAGGUAGAAAAUUUCUUAGACUAUCGUAAUAAUUCUAAAACCAAAAUCAAUGGGUGGAUGCGAGAAUUUAUAUAAUUUCACGAUAAGACGUUUCAUUGUUUGGAUUUUUAUAAAUUUCCUGUUCUUCAUCUGUCGAUUUUCUUUGCAAUUUUAGCUAACGAAUUUAAUUUGAACAUUUAAUUGUUCAUAAGAGGCAGAGAGAAAGAAAAUCAUCAUUUAUUGACUCUUUUUCAUAUGACAGGCAUUAACCAGAUAAUCAAUGUUCAAAUAGCUUAAUUCACUUUAAAUCAUUCACGAUUUUUAUAGAAAUGCAACAUAACGCAUGAGGAGAUCGGUGACAGAGGGAUCAAACAAAUUGCAAAAAACUAACAAAAGUUCUCAUCAAAAAUAUUUCAUGACGUUUUCUCAUGAAAUAGUUGAUUCACGAGACGAUUAGGUAAUUAAAAAAAUUUUGUAUUUUGCGUUUUAUCCCUCAAUCACUGAGAUGGUCUCCCUGAGCAAGAUAUAUUUUGUAAAAUUUUUUAAGUAGCUGAAACUGAAGUGAGCAUGCACUUAAACGAGUACGAAAAAUCUUCAGAGCAAUGAUGCAAAGACUAAAACGUAGAAAAAUGGUGAAAGUAAAUGAUUUAAAAAAUGUAUUACUUAUUUAUCAAUUAUUAUGGACACUAGGGAAUUCGUUGAAAAUUGUCAGAAUUUUCCACACCGAAUAAAAAAUUGAAAAACAGUAAAAAAUGCCCCAGCAACAUUUUUGUAAUGGAUUUCUACUUUUCACCAUUUGACUACCAAACUAUAACUCUACCUCCUUGAUUAGAGAACAAAAUAAAAUACUGUAUGAUAAUUCAAUUAGAAAUACUGCCAAAUUAUAAAGUUGGUCGUGAAAAAAAACUACGAAGAAAUAUUUCGCACAGUCUCAAACAUUAUUUCGGCAUCAUUUGCUUAUGCCAAGUAUUACAAAUAUAAAUUGAGAGAAUUGUGAAGAUUUAUUGAUUAGUGAGGGGAAACUGGGGCGUGAUGUUAAUAAUGAGAACAAAAAAAAAAAUCAUCGUUCCUUAGAGUAUAUUAUAUUUGUAUAUGCUGAAGUGACAAGAAAAUCCUUCAUCAAUGCAGGAGUGAUAUAGGUCGUUAAAAGAGAAUCAGGAGAAAAUCAAGAAAACUUGUCGUUAGGAUUAAAUAAAAAAUGUUCUCAUUCCUUCAUUUCACAGGGAUAUGGAGGUGAUGAAUCAUUAGAAUAAAUUUCAUUGUAAAUAUCAAUGAGAGAAAAUGAGAGAAAAAAAGAUGAAGAGUAUUUAUAAGCCAAUGUUAUGAGUAACUUGGAGAAAAUAUAAAUUUUAUUCGUCAGUCCUUAA